AUGGUUACUAAAACCCUAACCCCAGGGUUGGCAUUUCCGGAGUAUCCGGGACUCCGUUUUACGAUCCGUGGAAUCCUACACGAUCCCGGACCAUCCAACGGUCCAAACCUGGCGAACCCGGAAAAUACGCGAUAUGCGAUAUCCGUUCGGGACUCUAACGAUAUCCAAAAUGAGAUCCGAGCACGCCUACGCGCUCAUGACAACCUGAGGAUCCCAUUGGGACAAAAAUGCCCCUCAGCUACAGUGCCCACGCGCCGCCACACGCGCCGGCAGCGCGUGGGUGUCCAAAGCGAUACCCAUCGCCGGAAAACUUCCAAAUCGUGA